UUAAAUUAGAGGCACUGAAAAUGUCAAAACGCGAACUAUUAUUAAAACUGUUAAUUACACUUUCCUAAAAAUACGGAAUAUGUCUUUAAUUGACUAGCAUAAAGACGACAGGUCGGGGGAUAGCGGGAUAGUCAGGUUACAACAGGCGAGAGAUGUAGUGAUUGGCUAAUGCUGUUUUCAAGUUGUUUUUAACGCUCCAAAACAAAGAUGGCGGGCCAAAUGACUGAUCUGGCCAAGACAAGAAUUGGUCAAGCCAUCGCUAUGAAAAGCAUCGAUGGCUUAAAGCAGUGCCUCAGAGACGGAGAAGACCCGCUGCGUAAAGAUCGGAAAGGCAACACCUAUAUUCAUUUUGUGUGUACGAUGUACAGACCAAACAUCUUCCAAAUCAUCACGGCCACCGGAAUUGAUGUCUGCGCACAGAAUAAGCAUGGGAACACGGCUCUACAUGUGACAGCACUGCAGAAGGAAUGUUGCCAUGUUGGUGACUUGAUGGCCGCCGGUAUCGACCCUUUCAUCAGAAACAAAGAUGGUAAAACUGCAGCUGAGUUGAAAUCACAAAAUAAAUAUUGGCACACAAUUUACAACGUCUGGCAGCCAGGUAUUUAUAAAGUUAUAGAGGACCACGAUGUCCCACGACUGUUAGAACUGCUGCACUGCUGGAACAGAGUAGAUUUUAAGAGGCAUGGUCAGACCCUGCGCCAGUUUUCUGCGGCCCUCAAACAUCACGACAUUGUGUGGAUUCUGGAUGAACACAAGCCGACUCUUGAUCUGAUAUAUGGUGUCCAGGAGAUUAACUACGAGAAGAUCAGGAAGGCGCUGACCAAGUUAAAGUGUAACGUCAACUUCCUGAACACGGCGUCCAAUCGGCCGCACAUCCUUCAGCAUGCCAUUGGUUUACAAAAUCUCAAACUGGUUCACAUAUUGUGCAAUGCGAAAGCGGAUGUCAACACCCCGAUCUUCGUCAACGACUACUACUGGGGCCCUCUGUUCUUUGAAGUUCUCAACAACAAGAUGCCACCUCAGAUCAUGUGGAAGAUUCUGGAAAGUAAUCCCGAUUUCAGCCUCAAAGACCAGAGAGGCCGAAACGCGCUGACUUUCUCACUGGAUAAAAGCAGUGGUAAACUUCCGCUGAGUGUUUUCGAAUAUAUACUAAAGAACGGAGCUUACUUUGCGGAACGAGACGAGACCGGAGCGACAAUCCGAGACGUGGCCAGAUUUGCCAGGAGAAGUGAUGUUGUUGAUUUAAUAGACAAAUGUUAUGUGAAGAUUAUGCGGAACUCUGACGUAGACCAGUUGGAACAGUUAGCCAUGGCAGGCUAUGACAGCUUCCAUAUUUACCACAAUUAUCGAGACACAUACAUUUUUGCUUGUGGAAACGAAACGAAGGAUGUGCUUAAAUUCAUGUUGUGGCUGCCCCAGUUUCAGGAAAGUGUCCAGACAUUUCACCGACUGGUGAAAACUGAGAGUGUGAACCAGGUGAAGGAGUUCCUGGACAAACACGACAAACCAAGACUGCUGGUCAACUCCAAGGACAAGGGAGGCAGAGCCCCACUGCAUCUCGCUGUUCUGUGGAACAAGCCGGACAUCGUCAAGUUUCUUCUGUCGUGUCCUGAUAUCAACAUUAAUGCGAAGGACUGUUGUUACCGAACUGCCUAUCACUAUGCCUGUGCCCUGCUGGACGAUGGCUUCAAGAUAAGGAAGAUGUUGACGGAUGCAGGAAUUGACCAAAAUACCUUGGACACACACUGGAAGAUGGCUAAGGAUUAUUGUGAGUUACCUACCAUAGGACAAUGGAUUGAAAGAGAAAGGCGCGCCAAGUAUGGAUUGGAACUGGAGCUUAUGUGUAUUGACAAGUAUGAAGAACUCUACAAAAUUAUUUCCUCUAAGAAAAAAGGACUCAAAGAAUUCAAUGAAAGCAUCAAGAAAUUCAAGUUUCCUGUUGUCAAAUUCUCCAGCGUUCUUGAUCCACUGAUGCCAAACUUCAAAGACUUGCUGUUUCUCGCAGUGGAUUAUGGGAAACAGGAAGUGGCCAAGAAAUUGGCUCAUCUAGGAGCAGAUCUCACUAGGAAAGAGAUGUAUCUACCAGACGACUGUGAUGAAGAUGCAGUGUCUCAGACUGGAAGACUGCCAAUGGAGGACGACAAACCGACACGUAAAACAUCCUCUCCGAUUCUGAACUUUGAGAUCAAAGAGGAGAAUCCUGAAUCGCCGACUCGUUCAGUCAUCUCCUCCCUCACCGAGAGUCUGACUGACAUCACGGGCAGCUCCUUCCAGUUCAUGAAUCACGUUGCCAUGGAGAUGGAUAACAAGAUGGUGGCAUUGACGGUGGAGGAGAGAGCCCGGAGCCUGGGUUUGACGGAGCUUGCAGAGUUUUUCGUUAAGAAGUUGAAGAGACGUAAAUCGGGAAUCAGGCUGUGAAAAUGUUCAAUCACUGCUGGAAAUAGUCGAUCACAAGCUUGGCGAGAGAGAAAAAAAAAGGACAGAGACAAAGAAAGAGAGAAAGAAAGAGAGAAAAAAAAAAAAAGAUAGAGAGAAAGAAAGAGAAAAAGACAGAGAGAAAGAAACAAAGAAAGAGAGAAAAAAACAGAUAAAAAAAAGAAAGCAAUAUACAAUAUAAAACCAGUGAUCAGUUUUGUCUUUAAUCUACUGUCAAAGGGGCAGAUUCAGGAAAUAUUUUGAAGGGGGUGCAAGGAGGAAAUGGGUGCUUGGACCCAGUGGUGUAGCGAGAGGGCUAUGCCCCCCCCAAUCGGACAUAUUUAUACGCCCGUCUAUGAUGGAUCAUAUUAUGGUAUGGCGUUGUCCGUCCGUACAUCUGUUAACUUUGUUAACUUUUCCUUGUCCGGACCAUAUCUUGCAUAUUGAUGCAUACAGGACCAUCAAAUCUCAUAUUAAGGAAAAACUUGGGGUGGCGGUGUGUCGCGUACUAUUACUAGGUCACUGUGACCUACUUUUCAUGAUCUACUGCACAUAACAGUAAAUUCUAGUCAGGACCAUAUCUUGCAUACAUAUGCAUACAGGACCAUCAAAUCUCAU